AAGGAAUCACACAAGGAAUAACCCAUGCUGAACCAAACCUACAACUGUCUCCAAGCGUUUCCUGACACGUGUUUUUGCCUACAGUUCAUCAAAACAGGAGAAUGGGGCUCAACUUGACACUGACAAAACUACCAGAUCAUGAGCUGCAUGGACAAGGGAGUCAUGUUGCAAGUAACAUGAGCGAUGAACCAGGAAGAAACGCCACCACUCAUAACAAGUUUGACACCAUCAUCUUGCCUGUCCUUUACCUCAUUAUAUUUGUGGCAAGCAUCUUGCUCAAUGGCCUGGCAGUGUGGAUCUUCUUCCACAUUAGGAAUAAAACCAGCUUCAUAUUUUAUCUCAAAAACAUAGUGGUUGCUGACCUCAUAAUGACACUGACAUUUCCCUUUAGAAUAGUCCACGAUGCAGGAUUUGGACCUUGGUACUUCAAGUUUAUCCUCUGCAGAUACACUUCAGUUUUGUUUUAUGCAAACAUGUACACAUCCAUCGUGUUUCUUGGACUAAUAAGCAUUGAUCGCUAUCUGAAGGUGGUAAAACCCUUUGGGGACUCUCGCAUGUACAGCAUCACUUUUACCAAGAUCUUAUCUAUCUGUGUUUGGGUGAUUAUGGCUGUUCUGUCCUUGCCAAACAUCAUUCUAACAAGUGUCCAGCCAACUAAUGAAAAUAUCCAUGACUGCUUGAAACUUAAAAGUCCCCUGGGAGUCAAAUGGCACAGAGCAAUAAUUUAUGUCAACAGCUGUUUGUUUGUGGCAGUGCUGGUGAUACUGAUUGGAUGUUACAUAGCCAUAUCAAGAUACAUCCAAAAAUCCAGCAAGCAGUUCAUAAGUCAGUCAAGCAGAAAGCGAAAGCAUAACCAAAGUAUCAGAGUGGUAGUGGCUGUGUUUUUUACAUGCUUUUUACCAUAUCACUUGUGCAGAAUUCCUUUUACAUUUAGUCACUUAGACAGACUUCUAGAUGAAUCUGCACACAAAAUCCUGUAUUACUGCAAAGAAAUGACACUUUUCUUAUCUGCAUGUAACGUGUGUCUGGAUCCAAUCAUUUACUUUUUCAUGUGUAGGUCAUUUUCAAGAAGGUUAUUCAAGAAAUCAAAUAUCAGGACCAGGAGUGAAAGCAUCAGGUCCCUGCAAAGUGUCAGAAGAUCGGAAGUCCGCAUAUAUUACGAUUAUACUGAUGUGUAGGGCCCAUGAGAUUGCCUUCUCUUGUUGUAUAAAGUGUAAAUAAAUGUUUCUUUUGAUUAUCCUU